AUGGCUUACCACAACUGUUGCGUACGAUUCGAACCAAUGCGAUCUCCAGACCAGCGUCCGAAGAAAGAGGACGAUGCUCCGUCGACAGCUAUCGGCAUUGAUAGUUCGAUAAAAAGAAGACGCCCGAAGCCGCCAGCGUAUCAGGUAGCAACAGAAGCAGCUGUGAGACGAGAACAAGACAUGCGCCAAAGAGAAGGAGAGAGAUUCAUGAGACCACCUAUGGAAGAACCGACGCAAACAGCUUUUCAACGUGUUCCCGAUAUGGUUCCUAUCGAAGAAGGGAUUGAUCCAGAUUAUCCUGCUCAACGUAUAGUUAUCAGCAAUUUUGUCCGAAAUGGGUGUCAUACCAAACGCUGGCUGUAUGAGGACAACUACCCACUCGAUGCUCCAAGACCUUCAAUUUAUGGUUUGACAGGAAAAGGCAGACAGUAUGUCAUACUUACUAGAUAA